GGAGCAGUUUUGAUCAUCUUUUCCACACGGACAGAACUUCAAAGAAACCCCCAGAAGCUAAAAAUCCAAUCUUUUGUUAAUACUAUCAGAUUCGUAUAAGAGAAAAAUUCCACCGUUUCAAGAAUAUAAUUGUCUGAAAGAGCUGAGUGGAAGCCGAUCUUGUGGUGUAACUGAUUGAAGAUGGGAGCAGAAGCAGAGGUGGUAGUUCGAACAAGCAUCCCUAUGUUGGAUGUGCCCCCUUCCCAGCUUGAUGUUAAACCUCCGGAGACGCCUGUGCUGUUUGCCCCAAGCAUCCGUUCCGGUGGUUUUGCUGAUAUUGGUCCGCGGAGAUAUAUGGAAGACGAACACAUAAGGAUAGACGAUCUGUCAGCACACUUGGGGUCUCUCAUCACAGUCCCCGAACCUAGUGCCUUCUAUGGGGUUUUUGAUGGCCAUGGAGGGCCUGAGGCGGCGGCUUAUGUUAAAAAACACGCGAUGAGAUUCUUUUUUGAAGACGGUGAUUUCCCGCGAGCUUCUGAAGUAGACGAUGACUUUGUACUGGAGGUUGAGAAUUGCCUGAGGAAAGCAUUUCUACUAGCAGAUAUGGCAUUGGCUGAGGACAGUAGCGUGAGCACUUCUUCCGGAACUACUGCUUUGACAGCUCUCGUCGUUGGGAGGCUUUUAAUGGUGGCGAAUGCGGGAGACUGCCGAGCAGUUCUCUGCCGGAAAGGUGAGGCAAUCGAUAUGUCUCAAGAUCACCGGCCUACUUAUACUUCAGAGAGAAGGCGUGUUGAGGAAUUAGGUGGAUUCAUUGAUGACGGCUAUCUCAAUGGCGUUCUCUCCGUUACUCGAGCCCUGGGCGACUGGGAUAUGAAACUGCCGCGAGGCUCCUCCUCGCCUCUCAUUGCAGAGCCUGAAUUCCGCCAAAUAUCUCUAACGGAGGAUGACGAGUUCCUCAUAAUCGGAUGUGACGGAAUCUGGGAUGUCUUGUCUAGCCAGCAAGCCGUUAGCCUCGUCCGUCGGGGGCUCAGACGGCACGACGACCCCGAGCAAUGCGCUAAGGACCUCGUCAUGGAGGCCCUUCGUCUCAACACUUUCGACAAUCUUACAGUGAUCAUCGUCUGUUUUACGUCUCUGGAUCAAACUGAGCAACCCUCGACGCGCCAGAGGAAGCUGAGGUGCUGCAGCCUCUCCGCGGAAGCUUUGUGCAGCCUCCGGAGUUUCUUGGAAGGAGGCAGCAACCGAUGAUCGCCGUUUUUGUGCCCAACUAUUUAAGGGAGGAGAGCUACCAGUGGUGGCUUCAAGAUGAGCAGCAGUCUGAGCUGUUUAGAAGUUUUGUUUAUGACAUUCUUUCCUGUUAUGUAUCCUAAUUAUUUCACUGGUGUGGUGUACAUAUAAUUGGUGGGUUGAUAAAAUUAAAAGUGUUGUAAUAAUUUUUAACUAUAUAGUUAAUUUCUCUCAAAUUCAUUUUAUUAACUAAAA